AUGGCGAAGAGAGGUAGGAAGCCGUUGAACAGGGGCUGGAGGUUGCUGCAGCAGAAUGGGCAUCAUGGACAAGGCCAGCAUGGGACGGGUAUGCACAGCCAGCAGGGGUCUGUACAGCAGAAGUUAGAGAAGCACAAGUCGCAGAGGCUGAAUCCCGAGCAGAUAGGGACGUCAGUUCAUGAUGAGAGUGAUACUAUAUCGUUUCGGAACCAUUUGCUGGCGAAUUAUAUUUUGACGGCGGAGUGGAUGGAUGUGUUGACGACGCAGGCGGUGCCUGUUAGUAGGAUCAGGAAACCCAGGAUAUAUUCUGAGGAGACGAGGGUUGAGGCGAUGAGACAGCAGCUUAGUGGGUGUUUGGAAGAGGUGGAGCAGCUGGAGCGGCGUCUGGAGAGUCACGCCAAGCAGGGGCUGUUUGGUGAACCGACACCUUUUCGCCAGUGUUGGAAGGAGCUUUCAAGGAACCCGUUUGACAAAGAGGUGCUAGACCGAGUCCAGGAGAAAUAUGAGAAGCAUUUUGGGUUAACAAUAAGGCCAGACACUACGGUGAUAUAUCGCAAUAGAUUUAGCUAUGCCGCUCAUCUGGUGGGGAAUAAAGCACCCGAUAAUUAUUGGACCGAGCUGUAUCCGCAAUUAAAAGAACGUGAGCUACAGCUGCAGCGAGAACAACUAAAAAGAGAACGUCUUGAAAAGGAGCGUAUCAAGAUGGAAGAAGAGAUGCUUAAAAAGCAGUUAGAGGAGGAGGAGGAACUUAAACGGAAGGAGCAGGAGGAACGCGAACGACAGCUGCAGUUGCAAAUACAAAGCGAUGCUGCAGUGCAACAGGCAACGGAACAACAAGAACAAGAUGUUAACCCUGCAGGCAACCAGCUUCUGGACUCCAUGUUUAAUGACAUAAAUACAGAGCCGUUUAACACUGGCUUUGAUGACGCCUUUGGCGGUUUAGAUAGCGCAUUCUUUUAA